AUGCACAGCAAUGGGCUAGCACAAGGAGAGUCCGAGGACGACGUGUUUGCUGAAGGCUCGAAAUUCGUGUCGCUGAACAAUGUGUCAUGGACGGGUGGUACUACGCGCCAGAGCCGUGCGAGGAAAACUAAAGAACUGCGGAAGGGGAAACGUUCUCCACCCGUGCGCACGGGCAAGAAAAGCCGCGCUGAUGCACUUGCUGAUGGCGGUUGUGGAGCAGACAAAGACACUCAAGACAAUGGACAACAUGCACAUGACGAAACCCUGUCAGCUGCUGCCGCCUCUAUCAAUCCCUCCUCCGCCUAUGCCAACGCGGCGACUCAUCAGCUCGCCGCCUCUCAGUCAAUCCCUGGCCUGCCCUCCGCCUCUGCCUCCCUGUCAGCUGCUGCCGCCUCUAUCAAUCCCUCCUCCGCCUAUGCCAACGCGGCGACUCAUCAGCUCGCCGCCUCUCAGUCAAUCCCUGGCCUGCCCUCCGCCUCUGCCUCCCUGUCAGCUGCUGCCGCCUCUAUCAAUCCCUCCUCCGCCUAUGCCAACGCGGCGACUCAUCAGCUCGCCGCCUCUCAGUCAAUCCCUGGCCUGCCCUCCGCCUCUGCCUCCCUGUCAGCUGCUGCCGCCUCUAUCAAUCCCUCCUCCGCCUAUGCCAACGCGGCGACUCAUCAGCUCGCCGCCUCUCAGUCAAUCCCUGGCCUGCCCUCCGCCUCUGCCUCCCUGUCAGCUGCUGCCGCCUCUAUCAAUCCCUCCUCCGCCUAUGCCAACGCGGCGACUCAUCAGCUCGCCGCCUCUCAGUCAAUCCCUGGCCUGCCCUCCGCCUCUGCCUCCCUGUCAGCUGCUGCCGCCUCUAUCAAUCCCUCCUCCGCCUAUGCCAACGCGGCGACUCAUCAGCUCGCCGCCUCUCAGUCAAUCCCUGGCCUGCCCUCCGCCUCUGCCUCCCUUUCAGCUGCUGCCGCCUCUAUCAAUCCCUCCUCCGCCUAUGCCAACGCGGCGACUCAUCAGCUCGCCGCCUCUCAGUCAAUCCCUGGCCUGCCCUCCGCCUCUGCCUCCCUUUCAGCUGCUGCCGCCUCUAUCAAUCCCUCCUCCGCCUAUGCCAACGCGGCGACUCAUCAGCUCGCCGCCUCUCAGUCAAUGCCUGGCCUGCCCUCCGCCUCUGCCUCCCUUUCAGCUGCUGCCGCCUCUAUCAAUCCCUCCUCCGCCUAUGCCAACGCGGCGACUCAUCAGCUCGCCGCCUCUCAGUCAAUGCCUGGCCUGCCCUCCGCCUCUGCCUCCCUUUCAGCUGCUGCCGCCUCUAUCAAUCCCUCCUCCGCCUAUGCCAACGCGGCGACUCAUCAGCUCGCCGCCUCUCAGUCAAUCCCUGGCCUGCCCUCCGCCUCUGCCUCCCUUUCAGCUGCUGCCGCCUCUAUCAAUCCCUCCUCCGCCUAUCUCAACGCGGCGACUCAUCAGCUCGCUGCUCGGAUCUCUCCCUCUGCUGCCGAUGUGCACGUCUCUGUUCCUGCACUGUCCAGUCCCGCCGUUGCACCUGGAUGGACCUCCCUGCCACCUGCUCCCAGUGCUCUCUCACCCUCGACCUCCUAUAUCAAUCCUGAGUUCCACCCAACCAACUCAGGUCAGCCUGGCUCCGGCCUCAUCCCACCAGCCUCCGCAACCCCUGCUGCUGUAGUGGCGCCCCCUGCUACACAAUUGCAGCCGUCCGGACUCCCAUGGACACUUCGUGUGCGCAAACAGAAGUCCGCUCUCCCAGACCCUGGACCAUCACAUGUGGAGGCUGGGUCGGAUGAAGACUCCGACGAUGAUGACUCUUUGGAGAAUCAAGUUGAGCAUGGUGGUGAACAGCGGCCUGCUGCAACCAGGACUUCGCGAGCCGCUUUUGAGGCCGCGCAAGCUCAACUCCGACAACAGGCGCGACGCAUAGCUGAGCUAGAGAAUCAGCUACAUCAGCCAAAAGGCCCUCAUGCUGGCAGUCACGCCAUGGUUCAGCGCCAGGCUAAUUUGCCCAGCCCUUCCCAACAGUUGCCGGUUGCACCCCAGCCUGCUCCUUCAACCACUCGACCUUGCACCCAGCCGAAUGCAACACACCCCCUGAUUUUCUCACCAGUGGUGUGGCCACGAACGCAGGCCGCUUUUAGCCGUGCUGUGGCAAAGGCCCACAUCAAGCGGCAGGCCAUCGACUGCUCUGCAAUGUCGCCACGGCAAUGCGGGUGGUACAAUAACGUCAUCACGGCGUUGGAUGCUUUUCCAGAUGUGAACGAUGACCUUAAGACUCCUCAUGCCACAUGCAUUCACGCCCUCCCUUCCCUCCCCUGUUCUCUCUCCCACUCUUCCGCUUUGUGCACUAUUUUUGUUGCCCUACUACAGGACCACGUGGAUGAGGCUCUUGAUAUCAUGUUUUUUGACACCCCAGUCACUGAUUUUUCAAUGUGGCCUAGUACCGAACGCCUAGAGGCAGCCUUGCGCAGGGCCCUAGGCCUCACAGAGCCAGAGGAGCAUUUCAUCGUGCGUAUUGUUCUGAAAGCGGACAAAUACAGGAACAGCUACAUCCGCGAUUUGAUUCAAGCGUUUCGCAACGAUGCCUUGACGGAUGGGCGCAAUUGGGUGUACGAUGCCUUCGACUUGCACGUGCCAAGACCGAGGCUUGGUGGGAAGAGAGUAGGCACCCUCACGACCGUGCUGUUCUUGGACCAGUAUGCUGAAAGUGAGUAUGAAUUUACACUCCUAUCAGACCCCCGCCCCUACCCCACCAAAGUCACAGCCCGACCCUAA